AUGUCUGUUCCAGUCUCUCUGCAGUCUGAGCGAAAAUCAGACACUGCAGCCCCCGUUUGGGUCACGCCCUCCACAUUGACCACCAUCCCCAUCAGUGAGAACUCGGGCACUGCUGUCUCUAUCUACCAGCUGACGGCCACUGACGCGGAUAGUGACCCCAUAACUUACUCGAUAUCAUCCGGUUCGGGUUUCAGCCUCGUCGGGGAUGUAGUCUAUACCAAUACAGCGUAUGACUACGAAACAACAACGUCAUAUGCGUUACAGUUCAGUGCAUCUGAUGGCACCAACACCGUGACAAGUCUUAUAUUGACGAUAAGUAUAACAGACUACAACGAUAACACACCCACAUUUAGUCCUGCCAUCUACUCCAAAAGUAUCCCAGAGGCAUCCGCUUCAGGAACAUCCAUUGCUGCCUUGACCUGUACUGAUGCUGACAGCGGUACUAACGGAAACUGUGCUCUCAGUAUACAGAGCGGGGACGACGCCUCAGCCAACUACGGACACGGCAUCUUCCGGUGCCGGGUCAGAUUUAACCGGAACUGCCUAUGUUUACGUUACAAUCACCGGUACAAAUGA